AGUCAGUGAGGUAUCUAAUCAGACACUCAUUUGCUCUUGAAACUCAGAGACGACAAGAUGGCUUUCUCUUGUCCAACUAAGAGAAUGGCUCAGAACUCCUUGAAAAUUAGGCUGCAGGGUUUGGAAUGCCACUUCACCUGGAAGUUGGACGACAGCAGAUCUAAACUGGAAAGUCUCAGACAUACCCUGAUAGAUAUCAUCAGCAGCGAGGGGGUUCAAUGUUCCUGGACGGGUCAUCUGUACAACCUCCUGGCUUACCUACACCACGCUUUGGGCUCCACAGAGGAUGCUCUUCAAUGCCUGAAGAAGGCUGAAGAGGCCAUUCGCCUAAACAGCCCAGACGACGUGGAGCUAAGUCUGGUGGUCCACUAUGGGAACUUGGCCUGGGUGCACUAUCACCAAGGGGAGCUAACAGAGAGCCAGACCUAUGUGGAGAAGGUGGGGAGACUACUGCGGGACAACCCCUCGCCCUGCCCAGGUGUAGUAUGGGGCGAAAGGGCCUGGACUUUGAAUAAGUUUGAUGUAAGCAAGAGGAAGGUAGCGGUAUAUUGCUUCCGGAUGGCCUUGAAAGGGGACCCUGAGAACAAGGUGCUGCGCUGUGGUUAUGCCAUAGCAUUUAGUAAAUCUUUUGAAAAUAAAGACAUUACCCCAAGGCUGCGAUCUGAGAUGUUGGAGCAACUACGGAUUGCUAGAGAAUUGGAUCCAGAACAUUUGACCAUCACAGUGAUGUACCUGCAGAGGCUUGCAGAUAGCGGCCAGGUUGAGGAAGCACGUAAACUUGCAGAGGAAGUGAUAGAGAAGCCUUUGGACAGCUUUGGUGGAUUUGGACUCUUACUAUCAUUUUUCAGAGAUUACGUCUCUCAUGAUUCAAGCAUUGACCUGGCAAGAAGGACCCUGGAGAGACACCCUGAUUCACGCCAACUGAAAAAGCGUCUUGCGCAGUGCUACAAAUGGAAGAUUUUCUCUCUGGAAGAGAAAAGGAACCCAAUGAGGCAUAUUCUGAUUGAAAAUGCAGUCAGCCUUUAUGAAGAGGUGGUCACACUCUACCCAAAAUCCCUUGCAGUUAAACUGGAACUGUCUGCCAUGUACCACGAAUCUGGCAGAGUUGAUAGAGCAGAUAAGAUUUUCGAGGACCUGCUUCUUGAAAUAGAAGGAAUGGAACCACAGGAUUUACAAAAAUUCUACAACAGGUAUGCCCAACAUCUGUUUUAUGCCAAACACAAUGCUUCCAGGUCAAUUGAUUUCCACAAGAAGGCAGUAGAGAUUAUGCUACCCACUGGCCAACGUGACAGCAGUAUUCGUGUUUUGUUGUCAAAUGUCCAUAACGGAGGAGACAGAGCUGAGGAAAUUGUUGACUUUCUGGAUGGACUUGAUGGAGAAGGUGCUGUCAGCCAGUUCUAGACCUUUUUUUACAAUAAAGGCUUGAAUUAACCAGAACUGCUUGUCGAAUCAGUCAAAUUUGCAUAUCCUGUUUAUGAUUGAUUCAUGUGGAAAAUAUAUUCACUAUACCACUAGGACAAAUCUAGGGCAAUCUAGGACAAAUUUUAAUUUAGUACAAACUGAAUACCUUCGUAUUCCAAAUGUCUGUGCUUAAUUUUACUACUGGGAUUGCUGAGAGAUGCAUGAUCAUCAAUACUAACACUGGAAAGGAAAUUCAAGGCUGUCUGGAAUCCACAUUUUGAAUUGAGUCUGUACAAGUUAACUGUGGACAAUGUACUGCAGACAAACUAAUAUGUUAUUUUAAAUGUUUCAUUAUAGAGUAGAGAGGUCCUGUAUAGCCUGACAGACAGACUAUCCAGAACAAUAGGAUAUUCAUUUUUUUAUUUUCUUCACACUGGGCACAAUACAUAGAAAAUGAAAAUGUAUGUAAUGUCUAAUAUUUUACUGUCUAAUAUCUUGUAAGUUCUUGUGAAAAUAAAGGUAGUAUGUUAAGAGAUCAUUAAUGAAAGAAAUACAGUAACAGCAAACAACAAGUUAUUUUAUAAUUAUAAACCACUAUCCCAGUAGGUUACUACAAUGUCUUAAUGCAUAGCUGUGGAUAUCCAGGUGAAAUUGUAUGACUAAAUACAUUGACUGUUAUCAGCUAUGGUCUGAGUUUGAUUGAUUAAGGCUCUGAAGGUCAUGGAUACGGUACAAGGUCAGGAUCAGGGUACACGGUCAGAGACAGAGAACACCACAAUACAGCACAGAAUGUUUCAGUGGAAAGCAAUGGGGGAAUGAAGGGUGAUAAGUGUCAGUUGACAUCACAAUACAUCCUUCACCUUCUCAGAAGUUGCUCCAGCAAUCACAGUAUCAUUGCUGCUGAGAAAGAUUGGCCAACAGUACUGUGCAGUAUUUCACUAAUGUUUUAAGUUCUAUGGUAUGUGACAUUAUUGAAAUACAAAUUACACUACACACCCAUUGAGCUCCUUGAUUUUGUUCAGGAGGCUUCCGCGUCAGUUUUUGUCAGAGGAAAAACGGAAUUAGAUGUGUAUACGUCGCCACCUAGUGUUUUAAUAAAGACAAUGUAUCACUUCC